GUAAUUGAAAACACUUUUAUUCCGGGGACAAAAUGUUUGCUGGAAAUACAGAAAUCGGACUGAAAAGAGUUGGAACAUCGGUAACAGUUCCUGCAGAUCCACGGGCUAGGUUGAUGUACUACUUAAGGUGUAUUUGUCAGGUUCUCAGUUUGGAUGACGAAAACUUGGACCGACUCACUGAUUUCACUUACUACUACACUUUGACAUCAAAUGAAUUAGAUGCACUGCUCGUUUUGUGCAUUUUAUUAAGCCCGGAUAAUUUGGUCGGAAAAUGCAUUUUCGAGGACGAUGAACUAUGUGGGGACUUGGUGACUCAGUUUUAUGAGUUGAGUGCUGUACAAAACCGAUUUCUGGUGACAGAUACCGUGUUACUUGGGAGUCAGCAAAGACAUGUAAAGAAAAUCAUGACUUUUAAGAAAACAUUUCUGCAAAAUUAUUAUAUUAUUCCCAUUGCGACUUUCGCUGACAGAUUGCGAGUUAUCGCUGGCAUAAAUGACCAGCCACAGGUUUCAUACCACAUGACUGCGAUUGUCACCCAGCCUCAGCCUACUAGAGAGCCUCCAAAGCAGAAGUGCUACGAGAGGGGUUGUUUGCAUCUCUGUAUAACAUGUAUUUUUCCUUUAUGGAUUUUCGUUUGGUGUUGUUUGUGUGCAUGGGAGGUCUAAAAUGGACGAGAAUUUACCCUUGAAGAUGAAAGCGAUGAUGUUUAUAUAGAGUGGUUUUAAGUUACAAUGUAUAUUAAGUUGUUCUAGAUGCUUAGUACAUGUACCAUGUGCAUUCAGUUUCUUGGAAGUAGCCAAUGAUGCAAGCCAAGUAUGAUAUUUGUUACAAACGUCCAUGAAAAAAAGAUUUUUUAUCUAACAAAGUCGUAGAAUUAAUUGCAUAAUACUUUAUCUUUCACCCACUUUUAUAUAAAUGUCAAAAGACUUAAAUGUACACUUACACAAUUGCAGUAUGUUAUUAUACGAAUAUCUAUAAACCCAUCAAGAUAAUGUUUUUUUUUCAUAAUCUAAUUGUCAUAACAUUUUGUAAAACAAUUUAAUAUAUAGACAAGUACAUAUCAUCCAUUUUCCGGUUUAGUAAAUCAUGUAUUUUUCCUUAUAAAAUUCAUUGUGAAUAAAACGUGUUAGGGUUAAGGUUUUUGAUACAAAAUCAACAUGUAAAACGAAGCAUGGCAUCUAUAUGAUCUGUCACAUAUAUACACACGCGCGCUUCUCUCGUCGCUACAGCUCUUUGUUUAAUAAAUAACAAAAUAAAAUAAAAAAAAUUUGA